AUGUUCGGCGGAGCUUCCAAGCCUGAGAACGAUUCCAAGAGCGACGACAAGUCGCCUUCUCCCGAGCCAAGCCCCACUGCUGCGUCCGCCGUGCCCAUCAAGAACGCGGACCAGGCGGCCAGCGGCGAGAAACGCAGCGGCAAUGGCAGCCCGCCCACUCGACAGGACGUCGGCGAGAAGAAGCGCAGGAGUAGUGGUGUCAGCAGCAAGGCCAGCAGCCUGCUAGCCUCGGCCAGGAACUCGCUCAACUUCUCUCAGGUCACCCGCUCCGGGUCGGAUUCCGGCGCUCAGACACCGCUGCAGAAGCUCGGGAAGCAUGACCCUGCCCUCGUCGUGCCGCAGGGCCAACACAACAACUCGGCCGGCGAAUCGGUUCCCGGGCCCAAGUCCACCUUCCGUGUCGGCGUUUGGGAAGAUAGGAACAAGAAAUGCCGCCGGACGAUGGAAGACACCCAUGCCUUUCUAUACAACUUUCUAGACACUCCGGCGCCGUCGGCUGAUGGAUCUGGCGGAAAGGACAAGUCAAGUAAAGACGACAAGGACGCCGCUGUUUCCGAGUCUGACAAUGGCUACUUCGCCAUCUUUGACGGCCAUGCCGGCACAUUUGCUGCGGAUUGGUGUGGAAAGAAGCUUCACAUUAUUCUGGAGGAGAUGAUACGAAAGCACCCUAAUAUGCCGAUUCCGGAGCUCCUGGAUAUGACAUUUACGGCUGUUGACACUCAGCUCGAGAAGCUCCCGUUAAAGAACAGCGGCUGUACGGCUGCUAUUGCGGUUCUUCGCUGGGAAGACCGUGUGCCCAGUGACCGGUCCAUCACCGGCUCUCUCGCCAUUGCCCCGGCCGCCGCAACCGCCGCUGCCGCGAAGGCGAUGGCCAAAGCGCAAGAAUCAGAAAAAGACAAGGAUGGGUCUUCAGAAGCACCGCAAACCAGUUCCAACGAGUCAAUUGCUACGAAACUCAAGGGACUCUCCAGUCGACAGCGCGUCUUGUAUACCGCCAACGUGGGGGAUGCUCGCAUCAUUCUGUGUCGUAACGGCAAAGCCUUGCGCCUGUCUUAUGACCAUAAAGGCAGUGACGAAAACGAAGGAAAACGAAUCGCCAACGCUGGCGGUCUCAUCCUCAAUAAUCGUGUCAAUGGAGUGCUAGCUGUUACCAGAGCACUUGGAGAUACCUAUAUGAAGGAUCUCGUGACUGGCCACCCAUACACCACAGAAACAGUCAUACAACAUGACCUUGACGAAUUCAUCAUUAUUGCUUGUGACGGGUUGUGGGAUGUUUGCAGCGACCAGGAGGCUGUUGAUCUUGUCCGAGAAAUUCACGACCCGGGCGAAGGAGCAAAGCUAUUGGUCGACCAUGCCCUCAAUCGAUUCAGCACCGACAACCUGUCAUGUAUGAUUGUACGGCUAGAUAAGGAGGCUCUUGUACAACGCCAGACCAGCCAGGAUGCUGAGCCCGAAGCAAACCACGGUGCCGCCUCCAAGGUGAGCGAGGCAGACAAGAUCGUCAUGGAUACAAAGCAGAAGAUUGCCGACGGCUCAACUCCCGCGGUGGGCGUGUCAGCUAGUAACUCUGGACGCGGAUACGACAAUGCUUCCACGAACGAAGGGGAGUUUGUGCCUACGACGUUGAGCGAUGCGCUUGUUGAGGAGCCUAUUGCCAUUGGGGAGAGCGACAGUCCCGAGCUGGUUUCGCUCGACACUUCCAUUGACAAGCCAGCUGCCGCUGCUGCACAAGAGUCAAAAGAUGAGUCAAAAGAGUUGGCAGACGUCUAG